UGUAGACCUACAGCAAUGUGGUUGAAUCUCAUCUGCCCUCUGGCUCGACAGAUUGAGGAGCUGCAGCAGAUUAAUUUGUUACCACGGGACUGGCUGCUGUACAUUGUCAUCCACAGUUACUAUGCACUACAACAUGGGGGAGAUGUGCCAUGUCUGAAAUACGUUCCCUCUGAAGCAGUCCGGUUUGGCUUCAUCAUUACAGAGGAGCCCUGGUACCGGUCGGAAAUUGUUUCACACUGUGGAUUUUAUUUUGAACUCAAAGCUAUUCAAGAAAAGAAAGGUUCCAGUUACAGUUUUUUCAUGCAGAGAAUAAAUCCGGCAGAUUCGAGUUUGCCUUUUGGAAUUACUGAACACAAAGCCUUUAGUUUGCGACAUGAACGUGAUGUGAAAUAUGAAAUUCAAGUACAGGCUUUGGUCGAUGAAGAAUGGCAAGUCUUUAGUACUGGCUACAUAUGCCAGAGAUUUGGCACCACCAAAAAGUCCAGCCAAAGUCAGGUUCUACUGGUGGCUGGACUGACAAUGCCUGUUUAUGCGACCUUUGCUCUUUUUUUCCCUGUAUCUUUCAAAGGAACAGAAAACAAACUAUCCAGAAGUAUGUUGUAAAAUGAGUGAAUGGAACGCCAUUAUUAGGAACAAUUAUUUGUCUCAAAAA